AUGGUUGGCAACUACAUCCGAGAGAGCUACAUCUUGGAUGCAGGGUCGUUGGGACAUAUCCAAGGCCUAACCAUCACAUCCCAUGGCUCUCCAGCCGUGCACUACUUUGGCGGUCUCCCAUAUGCUUUGCCCCCGACUGGGCAGUGGCGCUUCCGUGUCCCCCGGCGGCUCCCCAAGGGUUACCGAUACGGCACAGCAACAGAGCCAGGCAGGUUCGCAGAUGGCACCAAGGUUUGCCCCCAACCUCCCAGCAGCAACACGCCCGACCCGUCAGUCACCAGCGAAGAUUGCCUCCAACUAAACAUCUGGGUACCUGCUGGUCCUCCUCCCAAACAUGGAUGGCCCGUAUGUUUCUAUAUCCAUGGGGGUUUUCUUCAGGUCGGUACGAGCAACACAAAGCCAGAAGACUUGGUGUCGCUUCUGAGCGAAUCUGCAUUCCGGGCAAUCAUGGUCCUGCCAUCGUAUAGGCUCAAUGUGUUUGGAUUCCUUGCGAGCAGGGAAUUGGCCGCCGAAGCGAGCUCUAAUGGAGAGGCUACCGGAAACUACGGUCUAUGGGAUCAGAGAUUGGCAUUAGAAUGGACGCACGAGAACAUAUCCAUAUUUGGCGGUGAUCCAGAAAAUAUCACAGUUGCAGGUUACUCCGCUGGCGCAUACUCGACUUUUCAGCAACUGGCUCAUGAGCUAUUCCGCGUUCCUGAGGAAGAGGGAAUCAUAAGAAGAGUGGCAAUGUUCUCCAACAGCACAGGCGUUGGGCCCAAAAGUUUGCAGGAUCAACAACUGCAAUAUGACGAGCUACUUACGAGGCUUGGCAUCAAUCUGGCUCUUUCAGAUGAGGAGAAAUUGACCAGUCUCCGAGCCGUUCCCCAUCAUAGACUCGUCCAAGCCCAAAUAGGAAUGAGAAUAUCAGAAUUUCGCGUCUUAGCAGAUGAUACUUUCUAUCCUGUUGACCUGAUGGAUAAGAUCAACGAUGGGGAAUUCGCCAAAAGAAUGAAGAACCGCGGAAUAAGACUGAUCAACGGUGAGUGCGAGAGUGAGCACAUCAUGUAUCGUCGCUGGCGCACUCCUCAAGAGUCUUAUUCCGCCGUGUAUGAAAGACUCUUAGCAGAUUUCUCCCCAGAAGUAACCCAAAAGAUCAUGGACCAUUACUGUGGCUCCUCGAAGAACUUGCCAGCUGGGUACAACAAUUGGGAGGACUUCUUCGGGCGCACCUACGCCAAUAUCCAAGUCCACCAUCUCCAGCGCGGCUUCCAUAACGCCUUGUUCGCAGGUGGUCUUGAAGCCGGCAGAGAUGUUUUCCGCUAUCGAUUUGAGAGAAGACUUGACUGCGUAGCAGAGAAGAUUCCAGCUGAGUGGGGAGUUACACAUCUCACUGACAUCCCUGUCUGGUUAUGGGGGUGCGGGUACACAAAUGGCCUGAGCAUCAGAGAGAAAGAGUGGUUGAAGGAUUGGAAUGAAGGUUUUGCUGCUUUCGUUAGGGGCGAUGAAGUCAGUUGGGGAACUGCUAGAUCCCAAGAUAUGAGGAGAUGGAGAAGUGAUGGUGAAACAGAUGUUUGGGAAGACAGUUUAUGGGAACAAGGUGUUGAAUUUUGGAAGCUUGUUAAUUCGGACCCCCAGAGUAGCGAAGGGUGA